ACGACAGAGAGAAGUUUUCCCCAUUUGAAGGUCCGAAACUGACAUAGUUAAUAAUGAAAGCAGAAAUAUUAUGUCACAUCAGUCGUGUAAGUUUUAAAAAUGUCAUUGUGAACUUAGACUGGUUGGCCAGUAGGUGGCAGCAUACGGAGUGAUGAACAAGACAACGCGAUACUUGCAUUUCCUGCAUUAUUGGUAGUCCGAUUUCUCUGACGCACCAGUGCGUGCGUUCGUCAAUGAAUGUCAUGGAAACGACGUUAGCGUCCUCAAGCCUAUAAAUGACGCUGACCUUCUGAGUUCUUUCCCCUUUGCGACGGGACUUUUGAGAGAGACGCCUGAAGGAGCCUUUACAGCCUCGGAAGGUUUGAGCUUGUUGAAAAGUCUGCUGUGCAAAACUUGUUAAAGAAGCGCUUGCUGAAAUACGCACUUGCUGAAGAAGCCCGUGGAUAAGAAACCUGCGAAAGACGGUUCCUGGCCAGGAGAAGCACCAACAGGGUGACCAGCUGGAAGCUCAGACCAUGGCGCUUCCAGCAGAUGGAUCCCCAAAGUUGGAGGGACUUCCAGACAAUGGUAAGGAACACGGUAAGGUGUGGUCAAAUGAAACCGACAUGGUUUCUGAAGACUACGGAGAGGGGUUGAGGUGUAGUUCACCUCCGCAGUCUGUGGACUGUGCUACCAGCUCCAGUGGUAGCAGUGCUAUCAGCUAUAGCGGUAGCUCUACUACCACCUCCAGUGAAGAUGAGGUAGGUAAUGCCUGUACUAUCAGCUCCAGUGGUAGCUCUACUACUAGCUCCAGUGGUAGCUCUACUACUAGCUCCAGCGGUAGCUCUACUACCAGCUCCAGUGAAGACGAGGCUAAUAAUGAAGACCAGGAUGACUUUAAUUCCAGACUUCGGGUUGUCCAGGUCCUUGCACCAAACAUUAAAUUCCUGUGGGGCAUAGGAGUGCUUGAACAGUCAUUGAAACUUCUCAAUUCGAAGCUUGAUCAGCUGAACUCCGCUGUGGACCGUGGCAGUGCUGCGUCGCUGCGCUCUGAGAUUCUUGAGAUUCUUCCCCCAAAUUUCAAAUACAUAAAAGACAUUGGGGUAGCUGAGAAGCCUGAAGAAGACACGGCUCCUUCUACUUCACUUGAAUUCACGUCUGGACUUGACAAACAGGAAGAGCCCAUUUUGCGUCCAGAGAACUCCAGACCUAUUGGUACCUCGCAACACCAUCAGGUAGGUUUGGAAGAGGACGGGGCUUCUUUGACUUCUGGCCGCGCCAGGAGCAUUACACAGAAGGUGGAUGCUGCGAAGGAGGACAACCCACCAUUAAAGCUUAGUUCUGGUACAGUGCUUCCUUCCAGCUUUGACAAACCGGAAGAGCCCAUUUCGCGUCCAGAGGACUCCAUUCCUAUCAGUGCCUCGCCACAACCUCUGGCAGGUUGGAGAAAUUUAGUGACUUUUUGCCGCGCCAUUAGAAUUCCAAAGAAGGUGGUUGAUGAGAAGGAGGAUGACACACCAUCCAAGCCUAGCGAUCGGGUAGGUUCGAAAGAGGACGUGACUCAUGCGACAUCUGUGACUGGCAUAAACGGAAAGAGGACAAAGGACAGUGAUGCUGAAGAGCAGCCCCCAGGAAAGAGGACCAGGGACACUGUUGCUAAAGAGGAGCCCCCAGCCAAGAGGAGUAAGGACACUCUUGCUGAAAAGGAGCUCCCUGCCAAGAAGACCAGGGACAGUGUUACUGAAGUGAAACUCCCAGCCAAGAGGACCAGGAAUAGUGAUGAUGCUAGACAGGAGCCCUCUGCCAAGAAGACCAGGGAGAAUCAAACUGAAGAUGUGCUCCCCUCCAAGAGGACCAGGGACAGUGUUGCUGAAGAGGAGCCCCCAGCCAAGAGGACUAGAGACACUGUUGCUGAAGAGGAGCUCCCAGCCAAGACGGCACAGUAGUAUAAUGAAGAUCCCAUUUGGGACGAGGUCCUUCAAAGUAUCGGCAGAAGGAUGGCAUGGAGAUAUGGUAAAGAAUGGGAGGACGAGCCCAUUCCGUCAACCCCUCUGUUCAUUCCAUACCGAAAGACAGACCAUGAAGAUCCUAUUCUGUUAUCCCCUGUCCUCAGUCCCUCACCAAGGACAGCGUGUGGGGAUCCUGGUUUGUCAUCCCCCGUCCUCAGUCCCUCGUAUAGA